GGUUGUGUGCAAGUUUAUUUGCCUUUGGGCUGAACAGAAAAGUCAACACAAUGAGGACUGAAUGUGUGUAAUGGUAGUGGUUUAGAAAGUCAAUAAGGAUAAUUUGCUGGGUGUGGUUUUCUGUGACAAAAAAAAGAAAGAAAACUGAGACGCAAAUGACCGUUUGUUGUGAAGUUUGUAUUUCUAGCUCUUAAUCAGGCUUCUGGCCUUUAACCUCAUGUGUCUGUUAGAAAGGACACAACAUAUAGUAUAAAACAUAUACAACAUUGUAUAAAACCUAUCGCAUCAUGUCCAUCCUCCUCCACGCAAUUAAACUGCAAUACUUCUUUCUUAUCAGCCACGACUUGGAAUUGUGUUGAUUUUUCCGACUGUAUUUGAAGGCAGCAUCAACCUGUCGCGUGCGUGUCCAGUUUUGCCGCGAAUUGAAAAAAACUGACGAAACAGAGUCAAGCCGAAAACGUAGAAGAGUCUGUAAAUGCAACAAUAACUGGACUGUAAAGGUUCUGAAUAAACACAAUGGCCGCUCAGACCUACAUUGCCAUCUCUGAGCUCCACCCCAACUUCUCCCACCCGACAGUGGCGGGUAUCAUCAUUGGGAAAAGUGAUGUCAAAAGCUUUCCUGAUAGAAAAACUAUUGGUGUAGACAGAUUCACUUUUAGCUUCACCAUUAAGGACUCAGCUGACUUCUUCAUUAAUGUGACGGCCUGGGGAAACGACGGAUACAUCAACGGGCUGUCCAACAGCUUCAGCACUGGAGACUGUGUCGUCAUUGAAAACUCUUUGGUUAACAACAAAGACCCGGAGAAAGGGGACAGAUUCUGUCCCACAACACCAAGCCUCUACAGGCUGCUGGUGUCGGAGGCUCACUCCCAGGUUUCUCUGUGUGCUGACAUGAGCACCAUCGACAGGCUGCUGCCACUGAUCCACCUGCCAUCCAAGGACUCUGGAGAUUUCUACUCUCUGGCAGACAUUGUGGCCAACGGGCAGAAGCUGGCUGGCACGGUGAUAAAUAUACUGGCUGCAGUGAAAUCGAUUGGAGAGCUGAAGCAGUUCACCACUUCAGACCAGCGCAAAGGGCAGAGGCUGGAAGUGAAGCUCUUUGAUGACUCCGUCUCUUCCUUUCCUCUCGUCUGCUGGGACAGAGAAGCCAUUCAGCUUGUGCAAACUAUGAUACCCAAAGAGACUGUGCUCUUCAUAGCCGAUGCGAAGAUUAGCUUUGACAGCUUUCGCGACGGCAUGACAGCAACCGUUAACUCCAAGACCAUUAUCACCGUCAAUCCCGACACCAGAGAGGCCAGUCUGCUGUUCAGCUAUGCGAAGGAAGUAUCCGAGUCUGGUGCUCUGGAUGAAGAUGAGAAGCCAGAAGACGUGCCAGUGGACUCCAUCACCGACGUGUACACCGUGAGCCAGCUGAAGCAGAAGGCCCAGGAGAACCCCGAAGCGGCUUUCUUCGGCAUCACAUACAGCUUCCUGUCCCGGCUGGACAUCGACUCUUCUGUUUCAAGAGUCAUCAAGACGCGGUGCUCCAGGUGCAAGUUUCUGGUGACUGAGGACGUGGCGAGCUGCACCAACACGUUGUGCGCAGGGAGGGAUCAGCCUCUGUCGGCCACCACGGGCUUCGACCUGCCGGUGGACCUCACGGACCACACCGGCACCCUGCAUGCCUGCAGCCUCAGGAGCCCGGUGGCAGAAAGCAUCCUCGGCUGCACGACCAAAGAGUUUACCAAUUUGAAUGAUGACGAGCGGACUGCCAUGAAGUGGAAAUUUCUUUUGGAGAGAUGCAAAACAUACGUCAAGAUAACCCCUUCCACCAAAGUGAAAUCUGGGACCAGGGGGGUGGUCCUGGCCUGCUCGGUGGCGGACCCGGGAGAGGUGAAGCAGCACAUGGCGGCCCUGCUGCAGCGGCAGUGAUCACGACACACGCUGGCGGAGCAGGAGGGCACCUCUGUUGUGAUUGGCUGAUUUUCCUGCUGCGUGGCGCUGAUCUGAGUGAGAUGUUAACGAGGGUGUGACAUGUGCAGGAUUUGUGUUUGGUGAAUAGGUAUAGGUACAUUCUCUGCAUUAUUUAUUUCAUUUAUUUAUUGAAUCUGUUUGAAUAUUUAUAUAUAUAGUGUACGCUUGACUACUUUUUUACACUGUUAAAUAAACUAAUUUAUGCGUU